ACAAACCCAUCUCCGAGACCAAACGGUGUUUCGAACGAUUUGGCGGACGAAGCAGUCCAUGGAAUCUGCCUUUAUGAUUGAAGGAGCGGUGCGCGUAAAAUCAGCGGUCCAUAGCGAAGUCUGAAGCCGCUCUUGACACUUUCUACGCGGCGGUGUCGGCUGUUGACCUUCAAAAAGUAAUAAACAAAAGCGCACCUUUCUUCAAGUCACGUGACUCUCUCUCACUCUCAAGUUCAGGGUUUUUCAGGUCCUGUUUUUCAUCUUCAGCGGAAGAAGCAGCAGUUAACUUUCUUUCCUUGAGGAAGGAAGUAAAUGCGGCAGCUUUCAUGGGCGAAAGUUAUAGCUCACGUGUUUACAGUUAACUUGGGAAAAGAAGUUUGAUUCCAAGCGAUUGUUUUCAAUUUUGCAAACGAUUUUUUGAAUUUUAAAGUUAAAGUUUUUAAUUUAUGAUUUCGCAGACGACUUUUUUAUGAUUUUUUUUUCCUGUCCUGUAAGGAAAAGAACUGGAUUAUGAGAUUGCGGACAGACGUAACAGUGACAUGAUAUUUUGCGAGUUUAUUUAUUUUAACUAUACUUUAAGCAAAUAGUAAAUGCUUCAUGAUCGUGUUGACAUUUUAACCCAAUACAAAAAUGUUCUUAUCCUGGUACUCUGAUAUUUGUUUGGGAAUAUUCCAACAAUUACUAUAGCAGUUACGGGUUGACGAAAAAUGAGAUUGUGUGACUAAAUAUUUAAGAAAAAUCUAAUAUAUUUAUAUUGAGCCAUCAUAAUCAUCAUGUUUUUAAUGAGAAUGGAACUAUACGCAAAAAAUUUUUACUUAUUUUGCUUGGGAUUCUAUUUUAUAUGUGUUUUUAACUUCUCAACUGUGGUUUGUCAAGAAAAAAUGGAUUGUCCGUUAGCUAAGCAGAAUUUCGAAUUAGUCACGGGUUUCGUAUUCACGGCACCGGAUGACACAAUCGAGCUAGUUCCUGGUACUCUACACUUAACAGAAUGUCUGUCCUAUUGUCGUCACAAUUUGUCCUGCAGGGCAGUUAAUUUUGAGACCGGACUUUGUGUACUCUUCAGUUCGAGUGCCGUUGACCGGCCAGAAGCUCUAACUUCCUCUCAAUUUCCAGUCUUCACGAUAUAUGCCCAGAAGAUAUGUUUAGAGGAUGUUCCUUGCAAUCGAGAAUGGGUGUUUGAACGGGUUUCGAACCAUGAGCUUCUGGAGAGGUCACGAAAAAGUGUAUCGAAUGUGUCCACUAAAGAACAGUGCAUGGGAUUGUGCUUGAAAGAGAAGGAGUUUGAGUGCCGUAGUGCCAAUUACCAUGCUCAUCAACAGGAAUGUCAAUUGAGUGACGUCGAUCGUCACUCCGUCCACUCUAGUAAAUUCUUCGUGGCAGCUGAGGACGGAACCCAGUACCUUGAAAAUAACUGCGUUGAUCCUCCAGUACGACUUUGUGAAUUUCGAAAAAUUGGAGGUAAGAUAUUAAAGACAGUGGAUGCAGUGUUUCAAGAAGUCAAAACAUUAGAAGAAUGUCGAAAAAAGUGUCUUAGCGUCAACUACAGGUGUCAUUCGUUCGACAUGGGAGAUCCGACUAACAGCGUGUGUCGUCUGAGUCACUUAGCUAGUCCAUCUUUAGCGAACAUCGAAGAUCCUUACCUGGAAGUGCAUGGUGCAUCCACUUUCGAAAUUGCAUCUUGCUAUAACGUAACAAUUCAGUGCCGCUCCCGAGAGAUGGUGGCUUUCGUGAAAACAACCAAAGUAUUUAAUGGAAAAGUAUACGUGAAAUCGCGACCUAACUCUUGUGUCACCGACGUCAUAAAUAGCAUGGAGUUUGAAAUUAGAAUGGCUUAUCAUGAUCUGAAUUGCGAUGUUAAGCAAGAGAGCAUCGGGGAAUUUUCUAACGACAUAGUCAUCCAGCACCACGACAUGAUAGUCACGAAUCAGGAUCUCGGAGUCACUGUUCAUUGCCAAUAUGACCUCUCCAACAGGAGUGUCGCCCAUGGGGUCCGUCUGGAGGUCAACAGUGAUGUGAACACAUACGGCAGUCACUCUGUUAAUGUGGGAGCUCCUAACGUCACAAUGAAAGUCACCGAUAAAGUUGGAAGAGAUCUUUACACAGCACAAGUUGGUGACCCUUUGCUCUUGAAAUUUGAAAUCAAUGACCUAAACAGUCCAUAUGAUAUUUUUGUAAGAGAACUCGUUGCUAUGGAUGGUCUAGAUAACAGUGAAAUACUACUGAUUGAUGCUCUUGGGUGUCCUACAGAUACACUCAUUAUGGGUGCCCUUUCUAAGGCUCGUGUUGAAAACAAAAUACUGCAAGCAACUUUUGAUGCCUUCAAAUUUCCGACAUCCGAAAUAGUCCAAUUUAAAGCUUUGGUCACUCCAUGCCUUCCCACAUGUGAACCGGCUGAUUGCUCUGUGCGAACAUUUGAUGGUGUGAGUCAGAGGAUGACUUCUUUCGGCAAGAAGAGGCGAAAAAGAUCAUCUACUGAAGAGGACGAACUGAUUGUUGUCCAAACCAUUCAUAUCACAGAUAAAUUCGGAUUUGACAGAGAGAGUAGAAAGACAGAUGAUUCCUCUGAAUUCGGUCCUACAAGUAUAUCAGAAAAUUCUAACUCAUCGACAUGCUUAAAUAUGGCUGGUUUGGUUAUUGCUUGUUCUUUAUUCCUGAUUGCUCAAUUGAUAGUUCUCUUAGCGUGGGCAUUUGUUUGGCACAGAAGAAACAGAGUAAAGACCAGUAUGCAAAAAGAUACUAGUAGGAGUAUUGAUAUGAUAUACAACAGUAGAAGCAGAGAUAGUUCUUUUGGUAAUAGUUAUGGACUAGACAAUCCAUAUCGAGAAACUAUUAGUCCAUACGACGUACCAUACAAUCCUCCCUCACAGUCCCUACCCAUAACGAGAAGAUAUUAAGCAUCAUUUCUUGUACAGCGAGAUGCUAACCCUGCCACAUCAGAACAAAGUCAUUCCAAGAAUUUAGAGAAAAUAGAAUUAUUUCUUGAUGAAUUAUGAUUGGUUAGAGUUGCUUUCCUUGGAUAAAUCAGUGAAUCAAAACUGUAUGAUCUUUAAUGGGAAUAAACACUCUGCUUGGAUGUUCAUAUAAACUGUUAAAAUGAAUCAAGCAUUCAUCAUAAAAGAAACUUUAGAAAUGAACACCUUGACAAAGAAACAAUCCAUUUUAAUUUAUUUAUAGUUCCGAUUUUUAAUUUAUUCGCUCAUUUUUGUGUUCACCUUCUUAAAAAGACUGAAUAUAUUUUGUGAUGGUGAUAAUUCCCUAAUCCACGUUGCCAACGACUGUUGCUGGUCUCUAUUUUUAUUAUCCGACAUAUUAUGGUUUUCUUUUAUUGGAUAUGAAUUCCUUUUAUGUAUGUAUUUGUUGAUCAUUUUAUUUAUGUUCAUUAUUAAAAACAUCAUUUUUCUAA